UUAAUUUGACAUUUGCUCAGGAGAGCACGAGAGAGCGCAAAAGUCAUGUCCAUAGCUCAACACAGUUGUUACCUAUAAAUUUGCAACUCAAAAAUGAAGUGGAUUUUUAGUGCUUGUUUUUUAUUUUUAAGCGUCACACAAAGAUCAGUAUUCGGCGUUAGACCGUUAAGUAGAGCGAAGGACAUAAUAAGUCUAGAAAUAGAGCCAGUGAAAUAUGAACCGUCUAAAACGUUUCUGGAAGAAGGUGUUACGAAGAAAAUAACUUGCAAAGGAUCUCACGAAUUUCAAAAGCUAGAAUGGUACGAUCCGUCGGGCAACUUAGUAAAAAAGGAGCCUUCUAACAGGGUUUACGUUCAGGAACGUAUCGGCACGUUUCUAAAGAGACGCUCACCUACCCUGGACCUCGUGUUCACGCAUGUCCUGCUGAAAGACAGCGGUGUAUGGGAAUGUAGAGCUGGUAAUAUGAUACAGGAGGUUCCUCUGUGUGUCAUGGUUCCCUCUGAGUUCGUGGAGACUCAGAACGAGAUAGCAAUAGAUGCUGGACGCUCCAUCACACUCUCCUGCCAAGCCACAGGCGACCCUGAACCUAAGAUUGAGUGGUAUAGAGAUGGACAACUUAUAGUUGGUGAUGACGAAAAGCUUUACACAAGUACGAAAUACAACCACCAUGGGUUUGAAGGUCUUCUGACCAUCAAGUCGUUGACCCCUGAGGACGGAGGGCAAUAUAUCUGCAAAGCCACUCAGGAGUAUCCAGAACUAGAUACCUGCAGUCAUAGUGUAAUGACUGAUAUCACUUUAAAUGUUAAUUAUCAACCUAACUUUGAAAGGAAGUUGGAAACGACGUAUGUUUUUGCACAAUAUAAUAAAAGCGUGCAAUUAGUGUGUGCACCAAAGGCAUAUCCGGCACCAAAAUUCAGGUGGUUUCGUGACAAUGGAGCUAUAUUGACUGAAUAUUCUGACAAAGAGUUCAAAGUCUCAGAUGACGGUAGCCAGAGCACUCUGAUCCUCAUAGCCAACUCAUCGUCCUUCGACAAGAAGUUCAGAUGCCAUGCACAAAACAUUUAUGGUGAAGAUGCUCAACAAUUUCAAUUGUUGGAGCUGCAGAAACCGGCUAGACUUAACGAGAUAAACAUUGUAAAUGCAACUGACGACACAAUCAUAUUUAAUGUCACUUGGCACGAUGAAGAUGAUUAUUUCCCUGUUGAAGGUUUUCAAAUAUUAUAUUUGGAGAAGACAACUACAGGACAACCGAGAGACAGAGCUUGGAAUCAUGCGGAAAAACUUAGUUUUGAGCUUACGGAUAAGGAUAUAUUUGAGAUGGAGAACUUACUGAUCCCAUUAAGCGGUUUGGAAGAAGAAACAGAAUAUUGGGUUAAACUCCGAGCUGUGAACGACUUAGGAGUGUCUCCGUGGUCGGCUCCUGUUCUUGCAAGUACUUUGUCUAGAGAAGAACUAGAUAAUUUAGAAGAAGAUGAUUUUCCUAUAGAAGACGCGUUUCUAAGCAAUGUACCUGUUUUCGGUCAGUCUGUUGGUGUAUUUGUCGGUAUCCUACUCACAUGUAUAAUUGUCAUCGCUGGCGCAAUUUGCAUCUUUUUUGUUAAGAGAUUGUAAGGCAUUGUUGCUUUAUUAUUAUUUGAAAUAAAUGGCUUCACUAUUAGUUUUGGGUUUUCGUUUAGAUGCUUCGAAUUAUAAAAGGGACUCUUGAAGUUAAUGGUCCAAUUUCUUUUAAUGAUUUUAACGAUUUGAAAAAUAUUUGUUGUCAGUAGGUAUAUUAACAUUAAACACAUAUUAACAGUAUAUUAGUGAAAGGAGGUCCUUGUUGGUUAUAUUCGAUAUUUAAAUGAUGUCAUAAAAUAAAACAAAUUAUACGAAUAAGUAUAUGA